UCCGUAGUGACGUCAGCUUGUAGAAAUUGUCAGAGUGGCAAGAUGGCUACGGAACCAAAUAAGACUGAGAUCCUGACCAUUUUCAAGAGAUUAAGAUCCGUACCGACGAACAAGGUAUGUUUUGACUGCGCAGCUAAAAACCCGAGCUGGGCGAGUAUUCCAUAUGGUGUGUUCUUAUGCAUUGACUGCUCUGGCAUCCACCGCUCCCUGGGAGUGCAUCUCAGCUUCAUCAGGUCCACCGAGUUAGACUCCAACUGGAACUGGUUUCAGCUCAGAUGUAUGCAGGUUGGAGGCAAUGCCAACGCGACGGCGUUCUUCCGCCAGCAUGGCUGCUCCACAAACGACACCAACGCCAAGUAUAAUAGUCGUGCAGCCCAGAUGUACAGGGAGAAGAUUCGGCAGCAGGCAAAUACUGCGUUGUCCAAAUAUGGCACAGAUCUGUGGAUCGACUCCUCUGCAGGAAGCGCUCCUGCAGCUCCUGAGAAGAAAGAGACAGACUUCUUUGCAGAACACACACAGCCUGCUAAUGAUUGGAGUGUGGCCCCGCCCUCCGAGCCACAGCAGAAUGGAGCCACCGUCACCCCACAGCUGUCAGACAUGACAGCCAAACCCCAGGAUGACAGCCAGCCGGAGGAAGGACCCAGCAUCGACGGUCUGAGCACAUCACCCAGAGCCUCCAUCGACGCCUCCAUGCGUUUGUCAUCACAGGAAGGACAGACGCCCAAAGACGUGAAGCCUUCCAUCAUUGGAAAAAAGAAGCCCAUGGCUGCCAAAAAAGGGCUCGGUGCAAAGAAAGGUCUGGGUGCCCAGAAGGUGAGCAGUAAGAGUUUCUCAGAGGUGGAGAAACAGGCGCAGGUGGCUGAGAAGCUGAGAGAGGAGCAGGCUGCUGAGGCCAAGAAACAAGCCGAGGAGUCCAUCGUGGCAUCGAUGCGUUUGGCUUAUAAAGAGCUGGAGAUCGACAGGAAGAUGGAAGAAAAGAAGAUGCAGAAUCUGGAAGGCAAGAAGAGAGAGCAGGCCGAGAGACUGGGCAUGGGCUUCGGCAACAGGAGUGCUGUGUCCCACUCAGUGAUGUCAGAGAUGCAGGUGAUCGAGCAGGAGACUCCUGUGGGAGUCAAGUCCUCCUCUCGCUCCAAACUGGACAUGUUUGAUGAGCCAGGUUUCACCUCUGGACCCCCAAAAUAUAAGGACAACCCGUUUACAGUGGGAGACAGUUUUGGAUCCAGGUGGGACACCGAGGGGGGGACCGCCUCCUUUACCACCUCCUGGGCUCUGGAGAAAGAGGACCCCAAAGAGGAGGUCACCAUCUCUAGUAUUCAGCCAAUCGGAGAGAGACUUCCCAGCAGAAGAAAAGCCGACGUGUCAGCUCCGGUGUCGGAGUCGAGUGAGGCCAGGCAGAAGUUUGCUAACGCUAAGGCGAUCUCUUCGGACAUGUUCUUUGGUCGGGAGAGCAGCGCAGAGUAUGAUGCAAAGACCAGACUGGAGACCAUGUCUGGAAGCACCUCCAUCAGUUCAGCUGACCUGUUUGGGGACGGCAGCGACCAUAAAGGGAGAGCUCCAGGCUUCGACAGCGUGCUGCCCUCCGGCCCAGACAUCGCACAGUUCAAACAAGGAGUGAAGACUGUAGCGGGCAAGAUGGCCGUCCUCGCCAAUGGUGUCAUGAAUACAAUCCAGGAUCGCUACGGCUCCUACUGACCCGCCCGGAGAGCGCAGCACCGACCUGUGGGAAGACUUACUAACUGACGCCUGUGAAGAGCCAACCAGCCUCCUGACUGACACGUGUGUUUGGGCGGAGCAGACGAGAUGGAGACGGGAAGCAGAAAGGAUUGCAUGGGGAAAAUAAAUCGUCCUUCUGUCCCGUCGUCUUGUAGAGACACUUUUACAGGAGUGAGACAGUAUUUUUCUUCUCUCAUCCACAUUAGCAGACUCUUGAGUUUUAUUUUCAUAAAGGAAACCAUUGCAGGGUGUAGUUUUUUUUUUUUUAAACCAAGAGUUGUGAUUUACUGUCGAGAAUUAUUUUGGUCCUAGUUUUCAAGAUGACGUCAGAGUUAAUUCGACUAUAUUUUAUUCCUUCUACAUAAAUCAGAGUGUUUUUGAUUCUUAUUAUCAGAUAUUUUAUGCUUAUGUCUUUUUUGUUUUAUUGUGAUAUUAAAAAGGUGCAGUAUAUAUUUUCAGCGUUAAUUUGAACAAGAAUCCACCAUGUUUGCAUUUAGUGUUCGAGUCACUGCUGUUCACUCUCAGUAGAGUUUGUUUUCUGUCACAUGAAGCACUGACAGCAGCGGUCUCUGCAGUUUCAGAUGGUUUGUGAGCUUGGAACUAAACAUUUCUGUCUGGUUGAAAGAAAAUAUAAUGAAACAUCAACAGUUUGCUGCUCUGCUCAUUUAUAAUCUGUCUUUUUAAUAUAAACAUUAACCCCAGUCGGCGGUGAGCGCAGAGACUGGAACCAACAACAGAAGACACGGUGCAGGGGAACCAGAGAUUUUAAAUUAAGGGGGAUUAAACCCAAACUGUAGUUUUUAAAGUACGACACAUCUCAUGAGCUUAAUGUGUCAUUUAAAAAUUAAAGAUGUGUCUGUGUUCAGAGACGUCAGACAGAACUGUGACGUCCCAGCCCAUAAAUCCAUGACUUUGACUAUGCAUCUUCAUUUUACAAACUGUAACAUGUUGCUGGUUGAAUCUGAAGUCUGCCUCCACGCACCUCCACUCUGUAACGUUUGGCCAUCGCUGCCUUUUGAAACUCAGCAGAUUAACACUUUAUUUUAAGAGACUGCCGUCUUCAGUUUACAUUUUUAUCUGCUCAGUUUAGGACAAAUCGGCAAAUGAAAAAUAUCCCGACCUCCAGCUGUAAACACGAGAACAGUGCCUGUGACUGAUGAUGAUGAUGAUGAUGAGGCAGAGAUAAAUCUGUCUUUAGGAGAAGGAGAGUUAUUGUAUAUUUAUCAAACACUAUUAUUACAACAAAAUGUGUCGCGUAUGUGUGGAAGUCCAUUUCUGCCCAUGUGAUGAAAUUAAACCUCCUGUGAGUCAUUAAAAUUCUAACAUUACUUAGUGUUUCAAAAUAUUGAGUUAACUUCAAAAAUAGUGGCUCAGCGUUUGAAAAUGAGGCGUGAAGUAGAAAUGACUUUGUAUCUUAAAAUAAAGAGAAACUGCCCAAAACUAAACUUAAAUUGAAAUAAUGACGAAGAAUUCUCAAAAUAUUAAUCUAAAAAUUAAUGACUUAAAAUGACAAAAUUUCGUCUUAGUGUCUCAAAAAGAGAAACUUCCCCAUAAAUAUCUUGAAACGAGAAACUCAAAAUAAGAAGCUCUAAAAAUAAUCACGUAAUAUUGUUUCUUUAUUUUUGAAAUAUUAAGUUAUGAUUUUGAAAUACUGCAUCAUUAUUUUGAGAAAUAAUUACUUGAGUUUCAAAUUAUAUUUAUAGAUUAUGUUAAUAUUUUAAGAGUUUCAUUAUUUUGAAAUCAUUUCAAGACAAGUCAAUACUCUGCAGACGUUUUGUUGUAUUGAGAGUUUUCCAUUCUUAUUGGAUACAAAGUCGUCAUUUCAAGAUAAGAAUUUUAAGAGUUUCUCAUUAUUUUCAAAUGAGUCAACACUUUGAGAAAGUUUAUUAUUUACAGGACCUUUUUUUAAAUGACACAGAUGUGAAUGAGCUUCCACACAAACACAAGUAUGAACCCCUCUCUCAUCAGUUCCCGGCAGACUUUACAUUCAUCAGGCGACAGAACGACGUGUCUCGAGAGUUCUGGGAACCGGUUUGUAAAGUUCUUUGAUAGAUCAGAGUGUCAUAUUUUUCCUAGUGUGGCCAUGACACGUGUGUGUGUGUGUGUGUGUGUGUGUGUGUGUGUGUGUGUGUGUGUGUUCCACCCAACAUCAACUCUUCAACAAGUAACAAACGUCAACUGAAAGGAUGAAACGUUCAACUAUUUAUUUGUAGGCUACAAAAAGAAACUUAUUCAGUAUGUUAAUAAAGAUUUCAAACCUGG